AAAAAAAAACCAUCAGCCAUAUUGGUGUGUUGUAUCGCUGUCCUCAGUAAUUUCGAAGAUCAGCAAAGGAGAUAGUGCAUCAUGACUGAUUCCAUGAAAUUUGGUCCAGAGUGGUUGCGCAAGGUUUCGUCAGGAGACAGUUGCAAUACUGGUAGUGGUGGUGGAGGGACAACAACCCUGAGUACACCUCGUUAUCAGUUAGCAGAGCAUAGAUAUGGCCGGGAAGAGAUGCUGGCCUUGUUUGAUCGCAACUGUAAACCUUCGGAGCCAUUGACAACUUUUCCAACACUGUAUGUGGAGAAAACUCAGCUUCCAUUGGCUCUCACAACCAUGACAGAUGAUGAAUCGCGUAUGUGGAAUGGAGGGAUAACUAAUAUUGGUAGUAGCCGUGGAAGAGGUAGCAGUGUGGAUCGUGGACGUGGUAGAACUGGAAGAGGAGGCUUGUAUUCGUCUCAUUAUUCACGCGGAGUUGGUUUUGAUGAUUCCGGUGAUGGGAUACGAACCGAAGGCCAAUCAUUCCAGGGAAGAAAUAGAACGUUUGAUAGAUCUCAAAGCGAACGCGGCUGGUCAGAAAGAAACGGCGCUUCAGAUCCGGUAGAAUGGAACGGGUCGACUAGUCCUAGAAAGGAUAUAAAUCGCGGGACUAGUAAUAGUUCGCUUAUGGAGAGUAAUUGGAGACGUCAUCGUGGAAGCGGAGAGGACGAUGAUAGUUGGCGCAAAUGGGGAAGAAAUAAUUGGCGCGAAGGUGGUAGUAUGGAUCGGGACAGAUUGGACCGAAAUGAGGGUGAUGGAGAGGAGGGUAGAGGUGGACCGGGAAGAUGGGAGCAUCGGGGAAACCACAGACCUUCCCAUGAUUCUGGUCAUCAUCCACCACCUCGCACUGCUCGCACUUGGGAAUCUAAUCAUCACGAUAAUCAUGACAAUCUACCUGAAUGGGCAACGGAGAAUCCCAGCGAGAGUGGUGGCAGUUUUGAUGCUUCGGGUGCAUUUCAUGGUGGAAUGUAUUCAGAUGAUGAUGAGGACGGUGCAGCCGGUGCUUCCCAACAGGGCAGAACUCGACGCGUCUCGGAAGGAAGUGCUUCGAAUGUAGUGAGAUCUAAUAGCAAAUCAUUAGCUUUUGGAACAGGUUCUGUUCAAUCCUUGAAUCGCCAUACAAGUAAUACAAUAGCCAAUACAUUAAGCAAGGAACGAUCAAAACCAUUGGAUUCGCUUGAAGAUAAGGAUGAUUCUAUGCAGAAAGAGAGGAGAUGUACCUCACCUUCUGUUAAGUCGACUACUGUGCCGUCGACUGAGAGCAUUCCCACAAAGACUUUAGCAUCGUCCUCAGAUCUCUUGCAGAAGAAGACUAUCGGAUCUACAAAUACGGAUAAAAUUGAGACUUUAGGUGAGAAAUGUAGCGAGCCUCCAAGCGGAUCUCAUAAUAAGGAGAACGUACAACCAGAGAUUAAAACGGAGCCGCAGGUAACUGCUGUGACCAAUCGACAAGUUCCUUUAGAGCAUCCGAAGCUUGUACAUAAUACAGGAACUGCCAAUGUCAGGCAGAGAACAGAAGAUGACCUAGAUAGAAUGAAGGAGGAAGCCGACGCUUUGGUAGCCAAAUUAAUGGCAGAUGAGGAAAGUCACAAGGAGAAGACAGCCGCUACUAGUGUUCCGCCUGCAAUUAGUAAUCAAUCUUCCACAGUUUCCUCCACGGGUAAUCCGGAAAAAUGGUUUUACCGUGAUCCGCAGGGUGAAGUUCAAGGACCAUUUUUAGCUAGUGAAAUGGCUGAAUGGUAUAAAGCUGGUUACUUCACUACAGGAUUAUUUGUGAGAAGAACUUGCGAUGAGAGGUACGUCACACUUGGUGAUUUGAUUAAGAUGUUUGGAAGAGUACCAUUCACGCCUGGUCCACCAAUACCUCCGUUAAAGCAAUUAGCAGAACAAGUGAUUCCACCACCUGUUCCUAAUGCCGUACCGGCUGGACUAGCUCCUGGUGUUAUUCCAAAGGCUGGAUUAGAAGAUCCAUUACUAUUGAUGACAUAUCAGCACAUGCAGAUGCUACACAAUCAGAUGCUGUUCAGGCAAAUGAGAACAUCAGCGAUAGCGAAAUUGUCGCAAUCGGAGCACUGGUCUACACUAACUCCUGUGGAGCAGAAUCAAUUGAUUCUACAAUACGUCAUACAAGAUGGAAUGCAGGAAAUUCCGGAAGUGCCGAUAGCGACAAAUCCGUUUGUGCCUCACCUAACGUCUCAGGCGACUAAUCCUGUUAUGCAACUUUUCACUCAAAUGCAACAAGCGAAAACGCAACCUGAGACUCAUUUACCAACGAAUCCACAUACGACAGCGUCGACCCAUCCAACAGCAAUGGAUCCUAUACAGCAACUUAUCCAACAGAUGGGCGGUUUGCAAAACUUGCCCACUAUGCAACAACCAAAUAUUGCUCCGACUCCUACACCGACGCAGGAAGACAAUCCAAUAAAGUCUUUGUUACGUCAACUUAAUGUCAACACAAACGGUCAUCCACAGGCAACCACCCAUAUGGAUACUGUUUGGCCGCAGCCCCCACCGCAAAUGGUUCCCCAAUUUAAUGCGCAGAAUUGGUUAGCGCAGGUUGGACCCAUUCCUGCGAUGCCACCAGGUCAAUUACCUGGUUCUCUCUGGGAUUUACAUGCUAAAGAUAUGAAAACCGAACAGCAAAUAUUAGAAGAACAGAAUCUUAAGUUACAAGAAGACAGAAAAAAGGAAGAAUUACGAAAACAAGAACAAUUGCAGCGUCAAGUGGAAGAGGAAAAUGCAAAAAGAAAGCAAAAGGAGGAACAAGCUAGACAAGCUGAGGAAGCAAAACGUAAAGAUGAGGAAAGAAAGAGAAAGGAAGACGAAAAGAAACGAAAAGAGGAGGAAAAACGUAAGCAAGAAGAAGAGCAAAAAAAGAAAGAAGAGAAGAAACGUAAAGAAGAAGAGAAAAAACGUGAGGAAAAGAGGAAGCAGGAAGAGGAAAACUUUAAGAAGAGACAGGAAGAGGAGAAGAGAAAGCGGGAAGAGUUUAAAAAACAAGAAGAAAAACUAAAGAGAGAAGAGGAAAAAAAGAAAAAAAUAGAAGAAGAGCAAAGAAGGCAAGAAAACGAGAGACUCAGAAAAGAGGCGGAAAUACGCCGACAAGCGGAAAUAGAAGAGCAGGCGCGUCGUGCGGAACAACGACGAAGAGAAGCCGAGGCGUUGCGUAAACUUCAAGAGAGAACUAAAUCCCCGUGGGCUCAAGCUCCACGCACAUUGACUCCCGCCACUCACACUGCUUCGCUUGCUGAGAUUCAAAGACUCGAGAGAGAAAAGAAAGCGGAAGACCAACGGCUUCAGUUAUUGAUGCAACAACAGUUGGCACAGCAGAAGGCAGUAGAAGCAGCACAAGAAGCAUCGGCAAUCGACUCUUCAAAGCGAUUGCAGUUCAAAUGGGCGGAAAAGGCUAUUGCUGCUAGUAAACCUCUGCAAGUGAAGAGUCUCGCGCAGAUUCAGCAAGAAGAGCAGGAACACGUCGCUAAGGUAAAGCAGGAAAGGGAACGACUAGAAAAAGCUAGCCAAAAAGAAUCUGCGAAUAUGCUGCAGAAUUCCGGAAUAUGGGGUACAGCAUCACAGUGCUUGAAUUGGGCUAAUUCGAACGCGUCAAGCAGCCAAGUGUGGUCCACAAAUUCCGGUACUACCGGCUUCUGGGAUCCUACUCCUGUUAGGUCGUCCACCACCACGAAGCAGCCCGCUAAACAAACUGUAAUUGCAAAACCUGCCUCCAGCCAACAACAGCAGCAAAAUAAUAAUAACAAAGCGUCCAAAAGUAAGAAUAAGAGAGAAGAAGAACUAGUGAAGAAAUUGUUUGAACAGAACACUGCCAAGACCGACGAAUUCACGCAAUGGUGUAAUAAAGCAUUGAGUAGUAUACAGGCGUCUGUGGACAUCCCUACGUUUGUUGGAUUUUUGCGAGACAUCGAAUCGGCGUAUGAAGUUAAGGAAUACGUUCGCGUUUAUCUUGGAGAUACCAAGCAGAGCACGGAAUUCGCGAAGCAAUUCCUUGAAAAACGAAGCAAAUGGCGAUCAGCGCAACGUCCUCAGGCACAAGCGGACGACUUGUGUAAGCCAGCACCCGCUGUUAAUCCAAAUGCACCUGCAGAAUUUCAAGAAGUUAAGGGAAAAUCCAAGAAACCAAAGAAGGGAAAGAUGUUCAAAGUAGAUAACAGAAUCCUUGGCUUCAGCGUAACUGCUGCUCCUGAUCGUAUUAACGUAGGUGAUCGCGAUUAUGGCGAAGGCGUCUGAGCUGUUUCACCAAUUUACCUCGUAGAAAUGAUGCGACGCUCGUUUCAUUAAACGGUUCGUUAUUUAUUUAUUGUACAUGCCAAACCGGUGCUGAGGAACCCAAUGCGGGUACCUCUUAAAGCAUAUGAAGACUUUUUACAAUCCAACACACGAAGAAAGAAGCUCAUCCCUUCAAAGUUGAUCGUCAAUAGUGAUCUUUAUUUAGAACCGGCUGAGCGUGGCGUUAUUUUCUUACAUUACACACAAAAACUCCAUUGUACAUAUUACUCAAAGAAUAUUUCGCAUGAAAGAAGAUGGACUUACUUUUUCCUAUGUACACAACUAAGGUUGGAAACUUUUAUAACAUUUCAUCUCGCCAUCGUCACUUAAAAUACACAAGAAAAAAAAGGAGAAAAAAGUAUGCCGACCGAUAAUUGUUCAUGCGGAUAUAUGGCAGUCAAUAGCAAUAUGUGUAUGUAAAGGUGUUCAAUGACAAAGAAAGCAACAUUAUAGAACGUGUUUGAGAUCGCGAAAAUCAUCACUUCUACGUCAAGUACUGAAUAUACGGUGCGUCAGUAUUUGUCCUUAUUGAAUCCUAUGGAUUUUCGCUUCAUCGCAGACACACGUCGAGAAAAGAGAUUUACUUUAUAUUACUCGUAAUACAUUUUGCAAAUGAUUUAAGGUGCAUUUCAAGCACGAAGAAUCUUCCCUCACUCUUUAAUACUUCUUCGCCGUCAUAGUAUUGCAGUAAUGAUACUUUAAGCAGAACAUAUAAUUAUCAUAUACGUGAAGGAAAUGCAAUAACAGAAUGGUUACUUGUAUUAUAUUCUGGAAUGAUGGAUGAGGAAAAAAGCGAUUCAGAGCGUUAUUUUCCUGAUAUUAUGAGGAUAAUUAUAUGAAAUAAAACUAGUGACUUUUGACUCAGCACAGUAUUCUUCAUUAGAAACUUUCGGUUUCAUAUAGAAACAACACAAUAGCGAUUAAAGGUAAUGU